AUGGCGCGGAGUGCUUCGCACGACAAGCGUUUGGUGGCAGUCUUUGACGCAAUCAGAGUGUGUGAGCAACGUACUGUACCGGUGAUUGAUUGGACAAGAUUCUAUGGAGAAGAAGUAGGAGUUUCUGCUCCAUCUUAUGUUGGCCCAGUUGCUAUACAUGAAUUUGAAGGUCGUGGUCUCGGUUUGAUUGCAACUUGCAAGAUCAGUCCAGGCGAAGUGGUGCUUAUUGAGGAUUCUUUUGGGCUGUCAAGUACACCAAACGGUCCAAUCCAAAAGGCAAAAACUGAACUUGUGGAGGCUUGCUGCAAUAAGCUUGGAUCUGUUGACACACCGCUGCUUUACAAGGCCACCUUUUGGUGCUUGCAUUCUGAAGAUGAAGAAACACGUUGGGAAGGUUGGAAGCAAACCAGCUUCCGCAAGAGCGUGCUUCACAAGUAUUUUGACCACUUAAACUCAGCUGAAUCAGCUAAUGGAACUUACAAUGGCCUUGAGCAACCACCACCUGACUGGGGGAAGUCAAAGAAGUCUGUGGCAUCAGUUGUUUCAUUGAACAGCCGGAAAACCGAACGCUGGAAUCCUUGGACUUUGCUGCUGGAUGAGUCGAAAUCUCUUGGUGGUUUGUGGCUGGCUGCAUCCCUCUUCAACCACUCCUGCUUGGGUAACAUCGUCGUCAGCUAUGGGGCUGGCAAGGACCACUCCACAUUGGUGGCUCGUGCAGCAGCUCCGAUUGAGAAAGGUGAGGAGCUUCUCCAUACCUAUGUUUAUCCCUUUGAUACAUUCCGUGAAAGGCAGAGCAACUGCAGUGCAGGGUGA